UAAUGGUGAAUGCUCAUAUGGAUGUCUUGAUAACUUUGUAGGAAGGCAAUGCAAUCAAUGCAUACUUGGCAAGUAUGGGUAAUGCAUGCAACAGUAACUGUCCUGUCAAUUGUGACAGGAACGGUUGCUUUAAAGAGUCCGGAAGUUGUAUUAAUUGCAAUCAAAACUUUGCUGGAGAGACAUGUGAAAACUGUGCUGUUGGUUUUCAUGGUUCAUUUUGCUCUGAGAGAUGCCCAACUUAUUGUUUGGACGAUGUAUGUGAUAGAGAUACAGGGACGUGCUCUGGUGGCUGUUUCAACAAUUAUUCAGGUGACAGAUGUUGUAUAAGUAAUAACAACUGUAUCACAUGUUUGUCAGAUACAAGGUGUAAACAAUGUAAGUCUGGAUACUUCAAUGACCAAUGUGACAAACUAUGUCCACAGAAUUGUCUAAAGUCCUGUCAUAUCGAAUCAGGUAUAUGUGACGGUUGCAACGGUAACUUUUAUGGUGAUAGUUGCAAUUUUUCAUGUGCCUCUACAUGCAACAUUCAAACAACAGGCGGAAGUUUAUGUCAGCAAAGUAAUGGAAAGUGCCUAUAUGGAUGCGUAGAUGGUUUCCAUGGUUUACAAUGUUCUGAGAAAUGUUCUGUUUAUUGCAACGAUACAAUUUGUAAGCAAGACAACGGCAAAUGUACAAAAGGAUGCAAAAUGAAAGUAAAAAAUGACCCCAUUUGCCCUCUGACAUCAGGCAAGAUUUAUUCAAAACAGCUCGUUUUUUUUCACCAUUCGUGAUAUAUAUGCUUUUCAUUUUUAGCUAUGCUAUCUGGUAAUGUCAUAUUAUGUCUCCUCUGUAUAUUUGGAAUGAUGAUGAUGUUGCUGUUUCCGCUGCAAAUGAUGAUAAAAAUAAUGUUAACGAUUAUGAUUUUAAUGAUAAAAAUAAUUUAAGUGCCUGCGACAACAAUUAUACCCGUGUUUAUGUAUAGAAUAAAAAUACAAUAUGUAAAAGCCAAUUAAAAGCAAGACAUUUGAUUAAAUUUUAUG